AAUGUGGAUGUGCAAUAAUGAAUUGUUCUUCUUUCCUUUAUUAGCAGAAUGCCAAGAACCAAACGACCACAAUUCAGCUGCAUCUUUGAAGAAAAUAUGGACGAAACACAAAGAUCAGAAGAACAAACACUUCGGCAAAGGAUGGAAGUGAUAAAGUCUAGGAAGUCAUCACGAAGAAAAGAAGAAACUUCUAGUAAUGACGAAGAAGUAGAAGAAGAAGGAGAAGAAACAGAGGAGGAAGAAGAAGGAGAAGAAGAAGAAAAGAAGGAGGAAGAGGAGGAGGAGGAUGAUGACCGAGAAACAACACAAAGGUUUUAUGUGCAGACAAGGAGUCUAAGGAGCAAAAAGAAACAAGAGUAUGAUGAAGACGAGGCCGAACAGCCAACGAAAAAGAAGAUCAAAAGGGAAAAGUCAAACACGAAAGAGGAAAAGACAAAGAAAGGGGAAAGGAGGAACACAAAGACAACAGAAAAGGCAAAGAUCCAGUGGAAGCAACAGAAAUGCACUCUAAGUGCUUUCUGGAGAUUGAUUGACACAUAUAGAGAGAAAAUACCUAAAGGGGCUUGGGAUAUUUUGAGUACUACUGUAUUUUGGGGGAUGAUCAGACCAUUCUAUGAGAAGAAGCUUACAGAAACUCAGCUCCACAAACAUGAGGCCGACUUGGAGAUUAUACUGAAGUACUUUGAUGUUAAAAAAGCCAAGUUUGUGUUUGGGGAGACAGAAAUGGAAAUAACAUUGCAGGACAUAAAUGAAUUGUUUGACCUGCCAACAACUGGUAUUGAAUGGGACCUGAGCAAGAAGGUGCUCAAGGAGGAACGGAAGGCAUCUUCGAUAUUUGACGUCAACAUGAGGAAAGAAACAGUAAUAAAACCUGAUCUGGAAAACAAACUCAGCAAGGAGCUCGGCAAGAAGAAGAACGCUGAUCCUAAGAUAAUUGCGGCACUGCUUAUCAUGUACCUCUUCAAUGCAUUCUUCUUCAGCAGGACAUCAACAACCUUGACAUGGGACCUCAUCAACGCUUGUGAAGACAUAGAUAACAUAAACAGUUUCAAUUGGGCCAAGAUGGUACUAGAUUUUCUGCUGGAUGGCCUUCAGAGGUACCGAACAGAUCAUCCAACGACUCUUUCUGGCUGCAUCAUUCUCAUAUAUUACUGGUUCUUGGAGAAGACCAAGAUCAGAAACUGGAUUCCAGGAAUGGAGGAUGAGAAACCGAGAUUUGUGAGGUGGUCGAUAAAGGAGCUGUUCAACCUGCAGAAGCUCCAUCAGAAUCCAGACUGGCCAGAGGAGUUGAUAAAAGAUGGGCCUUGGUUAGAACAUUGCUACAUCAACUUGUCGGAUACGGAGGAGGAGCAAGAAACACCAAGUUUCAACAACUGGGUUCCCCAAGCGAGCCAAGACGAGGAAGAGGAGACCAUAAGGCUUACUGGUAACAUGAAAGUUCUGCUAAAAGAAAUGGAUAGAGUGAUUGAAGACAAUGGUGAAAAACAGGAAAUGGAGAAGCAAAUGAAGAAACUAUUGGAAGCAAAUGAGGGGCUUGCAAACCAUAUUAGGGAGCUUUGGAAAAAGGUUACUGUUGCUGAUGAGAAAAUUGAGAGUAUGGAGAAAAAAAAUGACUGAGGUGAUGCAGGAAAACAGAUCGCACCAGAACCACAUAAAAGCUCUGAAGAAAUGUUUGGCGAAAGGAACCAGCAGGAACCCUGACCUGAAAAGCAGUGAGCAACAAAAUAAUCAACAACAGAUGAUGCAGGUGUCGACCGAGAAAGAUCACAGGAGGGAAUCUACGGGGAACUUUGCAGAAUAUGACACUCAAACACCAGUCAACGAAGAACCAAGGGCAGCAGAUCCAAUUAAUGCAUCUCCAAUAUCUUACAAGAGUCCAGAACGGGAAGUGUUUGAGGAUACACAUUUGGUCACACUAAA